GGCAUUAAACACAGAAAACAAAUUGUCAGGCUUAAUACAUAAUAAAUUUGACAGAACUGCAGUAUUUUAUUAACAACUUCUUACAAUUUUAUAAAAGAUAUUAAUAAAUGUAUCUAUACAGAUUAAUAGUCACAUAAAUUUUUCAAUUUUUAUAUAAAAUAAAGUAAAUAUCAAAGUCAAAAUAAAAAUGACAACCUUCCAAACUCAACUUUUAUAUGCUUUAGGAAAUAAAAUAAAGGUUCUUCCGGAUUUAAGAAAAAUAUUUCUUCGUCCUUUAAUACAAAUAGCUGUAAAAGCAAUAAAUCAAGAAUACAUAGAAGAAGGAAUAUUAGAUAGAAUAAGUCAAAAAUACAAUAUACCAGAAGAAACUGUGGAUGAAUAUUAUUCAGUCAUCUUUACAAUAUUAAAGAUUCAUUUGGGCACAAUAUCGCAAAAUAUUAAACCUGCAGAAUUUAAACAAAUAUUAGAAGAGCUGAAAUUAUCUUCAGAAUGUAUUGAUGACCUAUCUAUAGUUGUAUAUGGUCAAAAGCGACCAGAAUUAAUAUCAGGAUUAAUACAGAAAACAAAAUUUUAUCCACACUUAAUAGCCUGCAAGUGGCGUAUAGAUAUUACUAUUUCUUCUAGCAUAUUAAAUAGGGUCUUGGAACCACAUAUUAUAAUGGAAUGGACAUUUAGCAAUGGAAAGCGUCAAAUAUUUGAGUUAUCUUUGCCAAAGUUUCAUCAAUUAAGACAUGCCAUAGCAACUAUACUUGUAGAUAUGCGAAAGGUUGAAAAACAAUGCGCUUCAAAAAAUAUUCUAUGUAGCUGAUGAUGGUAUGAAAACUAACAGUAUAAGCCUUUUUCAUUCUAGCUUUGUGCAAUAUUGUAUUAGAAAUAAGAAACAAGAUAUAAAAUAUACUUUGUACUUCAAGAAACUACGUUUCAUGUAAUAAUGUAAAUAACCAAUAAAAUUAGUUAACUUUC